GUGGGGUCUCCUUGCGGGUGGGGAGAGGAAAGAGAUCAGGCAUGCUUCGGGCACCGACGAUAAGUGGCUUCCUUCCCUGACCCUCUCUCAGGGCACCCACCCACCUCUCCCUCUCUCCGGAGCUGCUCGUGGGAUUGACAUUGCUGGAGACCUCCUAUCCUCAGGGGAGGUGGGGAGAGAGCGAGAGCGAGGAGGGGGGAAUCCUGCCGCUCUCCGCUCGGAGUCCUUGGAAGUAGAUUUUUGCUGCCUGGUCGGAUGUGAACGGCAAAAGAGACGGCUAUGCGUGUGGGAAGACAGAGGUCCGUGAAACUAAGGUGCCGGCUGCUAUCAUGACUGAUGGCGAGAGGAGAGAACCCUUCCAGCCCCUGACGAGCGACGAGGUGCAAGUCCCCAUAGCUUCUGGCACAGCCACCGGCAAGGCAUCCCAGCCUGGGGAGGAGAAAGAUGAGGACACCCUCAGUGCUUGUAAAUCCAUCCAGGACAGUCUGGCUUCGGCAGGAUCAUCCACCCGGGAUCCAGCCCACGAGGGAGAGAACCAGGUCCCUUAUCCUGCACUGUCCUCCACUGUCUUCUUCUGCCUUCACCAGACAACACGCCCACGAAGCUGGUGUCUCAAACUGGUCUGUAACCCCUGGUUCGAGCACGUCAGCAUGUUGGUGAUCCUCCUGAACUGUGUCACCCUCGGGAUGUUUCAGCCUUGUCAAGAUGACAAAUGCAAGUCUGAGAGGUGCACCAUUUUGGAGGCGUUCGAUCAUUUCAUCUUCGCCUUCUUCGCUGUGGAGAUGGUCAUCAAGAUGAUAGCUCUGGGGAUCUUCGGGCAGAAGUGUUACCUAGGAGACACGUGGAAUCGCCUGGACUUCUUUAUCGUAAUUGCGGGCAUGAUGGAAUAUUCCUUGGAUGGACACAACGUCAGCUUAUCUGCCAUCCGCACUGUCCGUGUACUCAGGCCUUUGCGAGCCAUUAACAGGGUGCCAAGUAUGCGUAUACUCGUCACCCUGCUGUUAGAUACUCUGCCUAUGUUAGGCAAUGUCCUUCUGUUGUGCUUCUUUGUCUUUUUCAUCUUUGGGAUCGUCGGGGUGCAGCUGUGGGCCGGGCUGCUGAGGAACAGAUGUUUCCUAGACACCAAUUUUCAAAUGACGUACAACUUGACUUUCCUGAAUCCGUACUACCGGCCAGAGGAAAGCGAGGAGAAUCCGUUCAUCUGCUCGUCCCACCGGGAUAACGGCAUGCAGAAAUGUUCCAGCAUCCCAAACCGGAAAGAGUACAAGGUGGAAUGUACUUUGAGCAUGGACUCUUACAACCAAAAUUCGUACACCCUGGACUUCAGCAGCAGAAACGCCUGCAUCAAUUGGAACCAGUAUUACAACAUUUGCAGGGCCGGGGAGCUCAACCCGCACAAUGGAGCUAUUAAUUUUGAUAAUAUUGGCUAUGCUUGGAUAGCUAUUUUUCAGGUUAUAACCCUGGAAGGAUGGGUUGACAUCAUGUAUUAUGUCAUGGAUGCCCACUCUUUUUACAAUUUUAUAUAUUUUAUACUACUUAUAAUAGUUGGUUCUUUCUUCAUGAUUAACUUGUGCCUGGUUGUGAUAGCAACACAGUUUUCCGAAACAAAACAGCGGGAGAAUCAGCUGAUGAAAGAGCAGCGAGCCCGCUACCUCUCAAACGACAGCACAAUCGCCAGCUUCUCCGAGCCGGGGAGCUGCUACGAGGAACUCCUCAAGUACAUCUGCCACAUUUUCAGGAAAGUCAAGCGGAGGACGUUGCGCCUCUACAACAACUGGCAGAGCAAGCGGCGGAAAAAGGUCAACCCCAACGGCGGAGACGACGGCCAAGGCCGCCGGAGCAAGAAGCGUAUCACCUCCAUUCACCACCUCAUCCACCAGCACCACCACCACCACUACCACAUCAGCAACGGGAGCCCUCAUGGGCCGCGGUCCAACCCCGAGAUCUGCGACCUUGAGCUCAAGGUCAUGAAGCCCGGAAGUCAACUCAUGCUUCCGCCGUCAUCCCCCAACCUCCGGAACUCUGCGGCUCCAGAUUCGGAGUCCGUCCACAGCAUCUACCACGCAGACUGCCACGUGGAAGGGCCCCCGAUGAAAUGCAAGUCUUCCAGCGUCACGGCGGGGGUCAAGCUCUCCAAUCAUGGCAACAUGAACUACCCGACCAUCUUGCCUUCUCCCGUUGGCAGGGCUGGUGUCGCCCCGGCAUCGGCAGGGCAGAAAAACGACGGUAGCAGUGGCGGAACCACUCCCGUGGCUGUGGUCAAUAGCCCGGUGCAUAUGAACGUGGACUCCUUUGGGAAGCUCCAUCAUUUGGUCGGAGAACAUGGUCUUUGUCGGACGUCCAGCAGGUUGUCUGGUUUCGAUGUGCAGUACCCCCUGCCCAGCCCACAGGCCAACAUGCUGAACUGUGAGCUGCAGAACUGCCCGUACUGCGCCAGCAUCCUGCAGAACCCCGAGUUCGAGUUCAGCGAGUCGGACAGCUACGAGUCGGGCGACGAUAACACCGGCGUCUACGAAUUCACGCAGGAUGUGAAGCACGGGGACCAGAGGGACCAGAUCCAGCAGCAGAGGAAGAAGAAGAGGAAGAAGAAGAAGAAAGAGCCAAAGGAGAGGAAUAGGGUAGCCAGGUUCUGGAAGGCGUUUGGCGACAAGCUGAAGAGGAUAGUGGAGAGCAAGUAUUUCAACCGGGGGAUUAUGAUCGCCAUCCUCAUCAAUACACUGAGCAUGGGGAUUGAGUAUCACGAGCAGCCGGACGAGUUGACAAAUGCCCUGGAGAUCAGCAACAUUGUCUUCACGAGCAUGUUUGCCCUGGAAAUGCUCCUGAAACUACUUGCCUUUGGCAUCUGGGGAUACAUCAAGAACCCAUACAACAUUUUUGACGGCAUCAUUGUUGUGAUCAGUGUCUGGGAGAUCAUUGGCCAAUCGGAUGGAGGCCUCUCGGUGCUGAGAACCUUCCGACUUCUCCGGGUACUCAAGCUGGUGCGUUUCAUGCCCGCUCUCCGACGUCAGCUGGUGGUCCUGAUGAAGACCAUGGACAACGUGGCCACCUUCUGCAUGCUCCUCAUGCUCUUCAUCUUCAUCUUCAGCAUUCUUGGCAUGCAUCUCUUCGGGUGCAAGUUUGGCUUGAAAACAGACACAGGGGACACCAUGCCGGAUAGGAAGAAUUUCGAUUCCUUGCUGUGGGCUAUCGUCACUGUGUUCCAGAUCCUCACCCAAGAAGACUGGAACGUGGUUCUGUACAACGGGAUGGCCUCCACCUCUUCCUGGGCGGCUCUCUAUUUCGUGGCUCUGAUGACCUUCGGAAACUACGUGCUUUUCAACCUCUUGGUCGCCAUCCUAGUGGAGGGUUUCCAGGCCGAGGGUGAUGCCAACAGAUCCGACACCGAUGAGGACAAGACAUCCAUCAACUUUGAGGAAGAGCUUGAGAAGCUGAAGGAACUCCGUGCUUCUGAGCUGAAGAUGUACUCUCUCGCCGUCACCCCCAAUGGCCACCUGGAGGGCAAGGGGAGCAUGCCCCCGCCGAUCAUCAUGCACACCGCUGCCACGCCCAUGCCCACCCCAAAAUGUUCGCCGCACAUGGACGCCGUCUACCCCUUUGCGGACUCCAGAAGAGGGAGCAAUGCCUCGAUCGACCCACUGAGCUUCGACCAAAAGUCCUUGUCCAGCCUCCGCAGCUCGCCCUGCGCCAACUGGGGCACCAGCAGCAACUGGGGCAGCCGCCGGUCCAGCUGGAACAGCCUCGGGCGAGCGCCCAGCCUGAAGAAGAAGAGCCAGUGUGGGGAGCGCGAGUCCCUGCUCUCCGGGGAAGGGAAAGGCAGCACCGACGACGAGGCGGAGGAUGCCAAGCUCAGCGCUGUCAGCCGGCCACCCUCGCACCGCCGGGCAGAGUCUCUGGACUGCAGAGGCGCCCUGGAGAUGCCCGAGCUCCUCCAUGUCCCCGGGGUGCGCCACCACCCCUUGAGCAUCAGCCCAGUGGCGAUGCUGCCCGCCGAGUACCAGGACUGCAAUGGCAAGAUGCUCCGCGUGCCCAGCGAGUUCUACCUGCACGUAGAUGGGCACAAGGACGACACGCUCGACUACGAUGACGACAUGGAGGACAGUUACUGCUACAGGAUUCAUAAGGCCCUGCAGCCUUACAAGCCAGAAUGGUGCAAGACUCAUGAGGACUGGUCACUCUAUUUGUUUUCACCUCAGAAUCGGCUUCGGGCCAACUGCCAGAAGGUCAUCGCGCACAAGAUGUUUGACCACAUCGUUCUCGUCUUCAUCUUCCUCAACUGCAUCACCAUCGCAUUGGAGAGGCCGGAUAUCGACCCCAACAGCACGGAGCGAAUAUUCUUGAGCGUCUCCAACUACAUUUUCACUGCCAUCUUUGUCGCCGAGAUGAUGGUCAAGGUCGUGGCCCUUGGCUUUUUCUCCGGGGAAAACACCUAUCUCCAGAGCAGCUGGAAUGUCCUGGACGGAAUCCUCGUCUUCGUGUCUAUCAUCGACAUCAUCGUUUCCAUGGCGUCGGCAGGCGGGGCUAAGAUCUUGGGGAUCCUUCGCGUACUUCGGCUGCUGCGUACUUUAAGACCCUUACGAGUCAUCAGCAGGGCGCCGGGACUGAAGCUUGUCGUGGAGACACUGAUAUCCUCUCUCAGGCCUAUCGGCAACAUCGUGCUCAUCUGCUGUGCCUUCUUCAUCAUCUUCGGCAUCUUAGGAGUGCAGCUGUUUAAAGGCAAAUUCUACCAUUGUGAGGGGUUGGACAUCCGAAACAUCUCCACCAAGACCGACUGCAGAAACGCCCACUACAGGUGGGUCCGGCGGAAGUACAACUUCGACAACUUGGGGCAGGCCCUAAUGUCCUUGUUCGUCCUCUCCUCCAAAGACGGCUGGGUGAACAUCAUGUAUGACGGACUGGACGCAGUUGGCAUCGACCAGCAGCCCAGCCAGAACCACAACCCUUGGAUGCUCCUCUACUUCAUCUCCUUCCUCCUCAUCGUCAGCUUCUUCGUGCUCAACAUGUUCGUCGGGGUGGUGGUGGAGAACUUCCACAAGUGCCGGCAGCACCAGGAAGCGGAAGAGGCCCGGCGGCGCGAGGAGAAGAGGCUCCGGAGGCUGGAGAAAAAGCGCAGGAAAGCCCAGCGGCGGCCAUACUAUGCUGAUUACUCGCCUACCAGGAAGUACAUUCACAUGCUCUGCACCAGUCACUACCUAGAUCUUUUCAUCACCUUCAUCAUCGGAGUCAAUGUCAUCACCAUGUCAAUGGAGCAUUUCAACCAACCCAAGUCGCUGGAUGAAGCACUGAAAUACUGCAACUACGUCUUCACCAUUGUCUUUGUGUUUGAAGCUGUGAUGAAACUGGUAGCAUUUGGGUUUCGGAGAUUCUUCAAAGACAGAUGGAACCAACUGGACCUUGCCAUUGUCCUGCUGUCAAUCAUGGGCAUCACACUGGAGGAGAUUGAGAUGAACGCCGCGCUGCCCAUCAACCCCACCAUCAUCCGGAUCAUGAGGGUGCUCAGAAUCGCUAGAGUACUGAAGCUGCUCAAAAUGGCCACAGGGAUGCGGGCAUUGCUGGACACGGUGGUCCAAGCCCUCCCGCAGGUAGGGAAUCUCGGCCUACUCUUUAUGCUCCUCUUUUUCAUCUAUGCUGCCCUGGGAGUGGAGUUGUUUGGAAAGUUAGACUGCAGCGAGGACAACCCUUGCGAGGGCUUGAGCCGGCAUGCGACCUUCAACAACUUUGGCAUGGCCUUCCUCACCCUCUUCAGGGUGUCAACGGGGGACAACUGGAACGGGAUCAUGAAGGACACGCUCCGGGAAUGCCACAGGGACGACAAGCACUGCCUCAGCUACCUGCCCAUCAUUUCCCCGGUUUACUUCGUCACCUUCGUCCUCAUCGCCCAGUUUGUCCUGGUCAACGUGGUAGUGGCUGUCCUGAUGAAGCACUUGGAGGAAAGCAACAAGGAGGCCAAAGAGGACGCCGAGAUGGAUGCCGAGAUCGAGCUGGAGAUGUCCAGGGCGGCCAACACUCCAGUCAGAGUCCCCGAUGGCGGCCAGGGCACUUCUAAACCAGGGUCACCCCUCCUGCUGAAGCAUCCUGCACUGGAGGCUCUGAGCUGUGAGAGUGUCUCUCUAGCCAUCCCAGACUUAGACCUGCUGGAGGGAGGGGAGGAUCUCUUGACGGAGCCCGCGUCCUUCCACACUUCUCCUCACCGCCAUCUCCUGACACCCUCCCACAAUGCCCCAGGCGGAGAGGCGAAGGAAGCGGCUGCUGGCAUUGGCGAUCCCCAGAACCUCCUGACCGUCCGCAAGAUCUCGGUGGCCAGGAUGCACUCCUUACCCAACGACAGCUACAUGUUCCGCCCUGUGGUGCCCGCCAAAAGCCCCUUCCCGCUCCAUGAGGUGGAGUUAGAGGCCUAUUCGUACAAGUCACCAAGAGGGUCCAUCACCUCUGUUCAUUCCCAGCCUGUGGGGACUUGCUCUUCGCUGAGGGUCCCACGGGGUACCUUUCGUCCAACCACCCCACCCCCUCGCCAGGAAGGGGGAGGUCCAUGGAAGCUUCUACCACCACGAGCUGCUCCACGAUCUCCCAGUCUCAACAGGCUGCUCUGUAGACAGGAGGCCAUUCAGAGGGACUCAUUAGAUGGUCCAACUGCAGAUUCGAAAGCUGAACCCUGCGAGAACCUCCCACCAAAGAUGCUGUCCCAGAGCAUCCUGGGCCCACCUAUGCUUCACCCUGCCCCCACGUCUCUACCUGGGACACCUCCCCUUCCCCACGCGUCACCCCACAGGCCCUCGAGCGUCUGCACCCGCAAACACACUUUCAGCCAGCACAGUAUCCCGCGCAGGCCGUCCAGCUGCAACAGCAACCCAGACAGCUCGCUCUUCGAAUCUUCAGACCUGGCCGAUGAAGAGGUCAGCCACAUCAACAGUUCGGCGAGGGACUGGCGGGGGCAGCCGGACGGCAGGGACCCCGCCGACUCCCCUUUCGCCUCUCCCGCCCCAUCCCCCGUCCCCCUCAAGAACUGCAGCACAACCAGUUUAGGCGGCAACGGCAAAGAGAAAGACUUGAAGAAGUUCUACAGCGUCGACACGCGAGGGUUCUUGGCCAAGCCAACUUGGGCGGACGACCAAAGACGGCACUCCAUCGAGAUCUGCCCGUUCGCCGACGACGGGGACCGCAGCUUUGCGGAGUCGUCGGAAGAGAAGAGGAAACUCCCUCUCCACAUCCAGCCAGAGUCCGAGUACAUCCACGGCGUCCGGCGGAAAAAGAAAAUGAGCCCGCCUUGCAUUUCUAUAGAUCCUCCCAUGGAGGAAGAAAGCAACACGUCCACACGUACCAAAGCGUCCGAGAACAGCCUGCUGAGGAGGAGGACCCCGUCGUGCGAAUCCACCGCCUACAGGGACUCCUUGGACCUUGCAGACAACCAGCCCGGAGACCCGGCUUCCAAGGCAGAGCGCCGGGGCCCACCCGCCUGCCGCGGAGAACACUUAACCAUCCCGAACUUCUCCUUCGAGCAGUCCGACGCCGGCUCCGCCGCAGGCGCCCUCCCAGACUGCCUCUUGGAUCGCGGCCAAGCCACCACGCCUGCCCCUGCGGACUCCCGGCCCAGCGACGGCGGCGGCGUGGCUCUGGAACUGCAAAAGGUGGACCACUUGCAAGCGCAGCUCAGCAACCCCGAGCAAAGCCAAGAGGUUCUUGGUGGGACUAGGAGCCCCUUCCUCCGGAAGCACGGACUGGUCCCUGCGAUCACAGCAACAGAAGAAGAGGUGGACGAACCAGUAUAGCUUCCGAGGGGGGAGGUCGAGAGUGAACUUUAAAGGGCUUUGCCACCCAAGUGGCUUCGAAGUGGAAAAAAGAUUGAAAAGCCGCGACUCCGUGGCCGACGCUUAUCCCAAAACACUUGUCAUUUUCUCUUUAACCGCUCGGAAGGUUUUUGU